AUGAGGGCGCAGUUUGAAGACUUGGUGCCAACCGACCUCUCUGUUCGCCUUCCUGCCCAAACUCUACUCACUGUGCUUCAAAGUGAAGAUUUGUCUGUGUCGUCUGAGGAGCAGGCUAUUGCGGCCAUCUCACGGUGGGUGGAUGCAAGUGCGUGCCUGGCGGAUGAUGACAAAAGGCUUCAAGUACAUGCUCCAGCAAUGCUAGAGGAAGUGCAGUGGCACCAGACGGCCGUGAAAUGUCGCGAUCGUCUGCUGGAGAAUCAUCCGGCAUUUGAGAAAAGUCCCGUGUGUCUGUAAGUACACGGCAUUGCAGCCCUGUUAUUUUUUCUCUAAAAGUCGGCUUCUGUCUCAGAUCUUAGAUGGUAUUGCCGCCUCAGACAAGGUGAAGCGGUCCUGUCCCUUCAACAUCAGGCCUCGUGUUCGCCACGCAUUCUUUGGCGCAGACGAAGGUGAGACGAUGUUCCUCUUUGGGAAGGACAGGCAGAACAGGUGGUCUGCCCUGCGUUGGAAUCCGCAUUUGCAUCAGGCAGAAAGUGUUGCUGACAUGGAAGCAGACAGGUGGGGCGCCUCCUACAGCGCGGAGGGUGCUGAGUUGCGGGACAGUUGUCUGACUGAAAUCUAA